AUGGGUUGUGCGGUGCGGCCGUUUUCCAUUUCAGUUGCGCCCGUCUUCGCUCCUUCUCUUCCAACUUUUGCUGCCAUUUUUUCACUUGCCGAUGGUUACUCCUGCUCCUGCUCGGUCUGGACGCCGUCGUCGGCGUCGCCCUUCUGGGAUUCGGGCCGCCGUUAUUGCGCGUGUGCGCCGUGGCGGCAUGCGUCUUCCUUCUGUGGAUUCUUCGUCCUGGGGCGGCAACCGCUGGGCUGCGUGGUCAGUUGGGUGAGGUCGAUUCAGGGCGGCUCUUCCGCUCUGCGGCUCGCCGGCCGCUUCAUUCCCGCCGGGCCGGCCGCCAACGUUCUGACUUGGAGCAGUUUUGUUAUGGAGAUCUUGAUGCUCGCCGUCGGGAGAUUUCGUUGGGGAAGCGACUUGUUGACUGUACUGUUGGUUCGACCGUUGCUGUUGGUUCUUCUUCUGCGUCUGAUGGCUUUGUUUCUGCUGGCGGCCCUCCGCUGUGCGAACUGGUUUUUCGGGCGUGCAGAUGGUUGAUGCAUCUAUUAGUGGUCUUUCUGAUUUUCCUGCGGGUCUCCAUCUUCAUAGUUAUUUGGUUGGUCCUUCGUCUGUGCUGAACGUCUAAGAGUGGUGCCUCUACGUGCGGCUGGUGCUUUCGGUCGUCCUACUCCUCUUGGUAAGUUUAUCUUCCAAUGUAGGACUUUGCCGUUGGUGCAACUGACGAUUUUUUCCUAGAUUAAAAUACGACUUUGACGCGCGGUUGGUAUUUUAGUUAUGCCUACUCCUGUUAUGGAAUACUGUUGGGUGGUGCGUGCUCGGCGUAAGCGGACGUUGAUGCGCUUUUACUGGUCGGGACCGAAGAGAGGCGCUUCUCUCUUACUAUGAAGUUUUGUUUCGUACUUUUUCCCACUUUUGCUAUCUGUUGCUGUGUACGGUUUCGAUAUUUCUUCCCUCUUUUGCAGUGUGUGGGAUGCAGCCCCCGUUUUCAAAAGGAUUAUAUUAAUUUGCUUAAAGGAUGAGAAUCUUAUAGUGUAUAUUCCAAGACGACCAAUACUUGGAACAGUGAGUGAAACAAUUGGCCUAAAAGUACAAGGGUACACCUGUUGUUGGUACGUUCAUGAAGGUAUGAUACAAGCGUCCGUACUAAUUGCUCUACCACGUCAGAAAGAUAGCUUUAGAGAAUCGUCCAUUACAUAUGAAGGAGAAGCAGCUAAUACAGAAGAUGAAGCAAUGGAAAAAUCAGCUCAGAUGGCCUUAGAAUGCAUCUGUGCAGACCAUAAUAUUUCUAUCAAUGAUCAUAAUUACUAUGCUCUUGAAGUCACAAAGGAAAGGUUAUUUACAGCAAGAGAGAAGGCUCAAACAAAACAAUGGCAAUUCAAUAUGGCCCGCCAGCAAGUAAACACACAACAAAACGAGUUUGCAAGACAGACAAUGAUUUUAGCAAAGAUAUGCAAUGGCUUCUUUGAUAUAUUAUCACUUCGUAUGUAUCCCCAGCGCCCAGACAGCAACAAUCCCAUUAUCACAUAUACAGGUGCGCACCCUCCCGUCGGACGUAUGCAAGAACUUGCAAAAUCACUUUAUCAUUAUAUCACAGGCACCAAUCCUGCAGGAGGAUAUACUAGGAUGAUCUAAUCGACUAGCAUCUACUUCUAGCUUAUCUAUGCAAUGUGUUUGUGUCUUUAUAUACGGUUCUCUGUCCGCAGCGAACUGUAUGUAGUUUGAAUAAUUUGUUUGUCUGAAGAGUGUGCCACUUUUAAUUUGUAUGUUUGUA